ACCUGACGUCAGGCCGCAGUCCGAAGCAGGUGAAUUCAAUACGGAAGUGAGAUGCUACUCCUUCGAAAAAUGCUCUCGUUAAAGCUCGAAAUUGGACAAAAAUGAGCGAUAGAUACUUAAAAUCCGACAGGAAGCAAUGCGAUAAGUUAACGUAUUUGAUAUCUGGCUGCCUGGUUUCGUUUUAGAAUAAAUAAUCUGGCUUUAAAGGGAACAGUAUGGACUACGAUGGAGGAUCCUACACGGACAACCUUAUUGGAACUCUGCUUGCGAUUUUUGGGAAUCUAAUUGUCAGCAUCUCCUUAAGCAUCCAGAAGUACAGCCACGUGACGUUGGCUGUGACGAAGGAGCAGCGCACCUUCUACCAGACUAAAACCUGGUGGUUUGGUUUUGUGUUCAUCUGCGUCGGGGAGGGAGCCAACUUUGUCUCCUACGCCUUUGCUCCUCUGGCCGUCAUCGCUCCUCUCAAUGCUGUGUCUGUCCUAACAAGCUCAAUCCUGGGCUUCCUAUUUCUGCGUGAUAAACAUAAACCAAAGCAGUUCGUAAAGAACUAUGGUCUUUCCUUCCUGGGUUACAUCUUCACCAUCGGAGGAACAUACCUCCUUGUUUCGUUUGGACCAAACUCUCAUGAAAAACUCCAAGCGGAGAACAUAGUGACGCACAUCGUAGGAUGGCCUGUUCUCUUGUAUUUGCUCCUGGAGAUCAUCGCCUUCUGCCUGCUCUUGUAUUUCUACAAACAACACAACACAAACUACCUCGUUGUUAUCCUGAUGCUGGUGGCGUUGCUGGGUUCGGUGACGGUCAUUACGGCGAAGGCCGUCGCAGGUAUGCUCGUUCUCACCCUGGAAGGCUCCAUGCAGCUCAGCAACCCCAUCUUCAGCAUAAUGUUUGUGUGCAUGGUGGCAUCGGUGGUUUUCCAGGCCAGAUUUCUCUCCCAAGCUUCCAGACUGCACGACUCCUCUCUGGUUGCGUGUGUCAACUACAUCCUCUCGACCCUCUUUGCAGUGGUAGCUGGAGCUGUGUUUUAUUUAGAGUUUAACAAUGAAGACGUCCUUCACGUCAGCAUGUUUGUCCUGGGGUCUGCGUUGUGCUUCCUUGGAGUGUUUCUCAUGACCAAAAGCAGGAAAAAGAACAAGAUCUUUGAGCCGUAUGUCACUAUGGAUAUGGCCAAUGGCGUUCCGACCAUUCAUGACAAAGGUCUGGUCGUGCAGCCGGACUACAACGGCUCUUUCUCCUACGGAACUCUUGUCAACAACGAUGGCGUGGCCGCGGCGACUCUACCGGCCAACCUGGAGUACGCAUCCGUCAGCGUGAUGACCUCAGACCCAGACCGGCCCGGCCUGAAGGAGGAUUAGAACUCAGCACUGCUCACUUCCACCGCACCAACACCCGCACCCCUUAAAGCUGCCAUCUUUGUUUCACCAGCCUCCAACCUCGCCUUAAUAUGCAAACUUCUCUUCCAAACCACCUGACUUGGGAAAGUUCAGAGGAGAUGAACUUGCUUCAGGAAUGCCACCAACUUUGGGAAGUUUUUCUGCAGAACGAUUCUGACUCUCUUCUUCUAUCAGGAAGCAAAAACGGCUAACAGGUGGAAUCGGAGUGAAGAAACCACCUGAUUCUGAUUUAAGAGGAAGUGAGGUUAGAAUAAAACACCCAACAGUGUUCCUUGUUGACUUUUUUUUAUAAAAGUUAGCAGUGUAAAAGAUUUAACUAUUCAGGUGUUACUGGGAAUGAACUGUAGGCAGAUCUGGUCUUCCAUUUAACGUUUAGACUUUUAAAAGUCAGCAUUGAUUCCAGCUGCAGAGCUUCCUCUAUGAUCCAGAAGCUGUUUUAACUGACCUCUGCUCUUUAUUCUGGGGAUUUUACUGUAUUACCAAAAACUUGUUUUAAGUUAUUGACAUAUUUAUGAGUUUUGACUUUGUUUCCUUUAAUGUACCUCAAGACAGAGCUUUAGAUUACUGUUGGAGUCAGAAAGGAGUGAAAACGGAGUUAGUUUAGCAUUAAAAGACCCAUCUGUGUGUAAUAAUAAAUAAAUCUGAAACCA